AAAUUGUUAUGGCUGCAUCACAAUCUAUAAUGGCCCAAGAGGUUUACCUUUGUAACUUCUGUGGUCAGGCUGCCGAGAUCUGCUGUAAAAGUUGUCAGGCUUAUUUGUGUCUUCACUGUGUUCCUGAACAUUUAAUUCAACUUAAAGACGAACGACACGACAUAGUGCCAUUCAAAAAAAGGCGGAAAAGGAAAUGCGAAUUGCAUCCGGGUCAACGUUGUGAGGCUUAUUGUCAGAACUGUGAGGUCCACGUCUGUCUGAGUUGUUUGAUUGGAGAACAUCGAUUACAUGACGUAGCGCAGUACCCAGUCGUUAUCCAAUCAGAAACGGAAAACGAGGAGGAGGCUAACCAAUCAAAAUGCUUUAUCUUAUUGGUAGCAUUUCGCGAUUGUGUGUCCUCUGCACUGCAUUUCCAGUUAGGACCAGUAUCACGGCUGAUUACGUGUGCUAUUUUGUUCACGAUAGGGUUAACGCUUUACACCAUAGGAUGUGCACGGUUCAAGAAUUACCCUUCCUGGAUAGUGAUUUUUUACGUUUUCUUCGGUCUGUGUUCUUCAUUUAUACAUUUUCUUCAUUUGCAUCAUCACUUUUCCGGGCUAAGAGACGUAGCGAUAUUCCUUGCUACCGGUGCUGUGGUGUCGGCAAACGCCUUGACGAUUGUCCUGGCAAAGAAUUCUGAGAUAUCCGUUGGAGCUUGCAUUCUGUCAAUCUUCAGCAAUAUUUUCCUCUUUCCAUCUAUUUAUAAAAUGUUGUCUAGAAAUGAAAAUCAUUUUCCUUAUGAAGAAAUCUAGAAAGUGCUGUGUGAUAUUAACAAGAUUUUGAGAAGAGUAUCUUUUUCCUAAAGGAAAAUGACAUUUUGAUUCCAAGAAACAUGCAGAUUUGUGUAAGAAAACAAUGCUUAUUACUAGAAUUUGUACUAGU